CUACAAGUCAACAACAUUUAUCAUUUUAGCCUACUUACUGUCGUAAUUACAGUCUUCGUCAAACAAAAACCCUUCCCUAUCUCUAAAACCCGAGUUGGCCUCUCCCUACGAUACCGACGACCAAGAAGAAGAAGGAGAUCGAUUCGCCAACCAUGAGCUCCUUCAACGGAAACAUGGACAACCUCCUACUCCAAACCCUACUCGGCCGCCUCCAAAUCCGCCCCCCAAACUCCCCUUUCCUCUCUCAAUCCCUAGACGACCUCCUCUUCAAAUCCGACGACACCGACAACGACGACGACGACGAAGACCUCGAUCCCCAAAACAAUCUCGAACGAGAAGAAGCCAAGCUUGAAAAAGAGCUGAUCCGCGUCAUCGUCUCGGGUCGAAUCGACUCUCUCAAGCCCAAUUCGGGUCAAGCCGUGACGGUCAACGAGCACCACAUCUGCGUUGGGUUUCACGAGGACGAGGAGUCGGAUUAUCGUGUGUGGGAGUGGCAUGGGCAUAUCAUGCUUUUCGAUGAGGAGAACGGGUACACUCCUGAGUAUAUCUACGGGAAUUACUUCGAGAGGUUGCCUGUGAAGUUGCUGCCGAGUCGCGGUGUGGGGAAGGAGGUGAAAGAGGAGGUGGAGGAGGUGGAGAGUUUGGGUGGUUUGAGAGAGUUGAUUGAUGGUGGAGAUGGUGAUCGUGGUAGGGUUCUUCACAGGAUCGUCAACAUCGGUUCCUCAAGGGCCUAAUUCCUAGGAGCGGUUUGGCAGGGAGAGGUCACAUUGCUCGGGAAGAUUUCAGUCAGAUAUGUGUGGACAGACAACUCAGGACAAAAAAAAGAAUAACGCGUUGGUGAAGUCACGGAUUCUGUUCCGUUCUAUUUAAACCAGUAAACCCAUGGGUGAAAAUCACCUGAAGUUGUUUCUUCUCCAAAUUUACAAUACAUGUUGGUGAACAGAGCAAAGAUUAAUUACACAUGAUUAUGGUCAUUGAACUUUCCCCUUG